UUUAUUUAUAGAUUAUCAUUUCCAGUUGUGUUAAUAAAACGGCAUUAUAUGGUGUUCUUAUUUGUAAUUUAUUGUUAAAUCCAAGGAGAUAUUGAAUCAUACUCCAUGGCUAUACGACAAUGUCCAAUGCUCGUGAAUUGGCACUGUUAGAGAAAUGGACGUCGUCAACGGAUGGUGCUACAAUAUUACCGGCCCUCUCCUCACCCACCUCACCUAAAGCCACGAAAUUUUGCUGUUGCCCCAAUCGUCGCCGCUACAAUUUGAAACAGCCCAAGCUGACAACAACACUGCAUGUGCGCAAUAUUUUUGUUGACAACGAUUUCAAUUUCAUUGAUGCCGCCAACGAAAACGAAGACGGCAAAAACAACGAAGACGACGACGAAGAUAACAACGAAUUAGACGAUCCCGGUUACGAAGAACUUAUAUCUUUUGAUAGUAAAAAUUAUAAACGAGCUGAAAGUUGGCCAAGUGCCAAGAAAUCCAAACGCUAUGACAACAACAAGAAAGCCAUUUUAACUGUUAUUGAUGUGCCCAAGGAGAAUCGUAGAAAUCAAGUGACAGCCUCAAAAUCCACCACCAAUGAUUAUGAUGAUAUUGUAGAGAUAGCCCCAAGCAAUACUCCUGCCAAGAACAGUAGCUGCGGCGAAAGCUUUGAAAAAGUUAACAUAGAGAAGGAAAAAGUAUGGCGGCAUGACAAAAGCUGUCAUAACAAUCGAAAUAAUUGUCUAACGACCAAGAACGAAGAACAGCAGCAACAACAACAACAAGACGAACGAAAAUCCAACGACGUUUAUAAAAGCAGAUGUUCAAACCCAACAGAAGAGGAAGCGAGCUUUAUAGUCCACAACCAGAACCAGCUGAACAUUAACCGUAAAGAACAUCAGCAGCCUCAAGGGAAUCAGGCAAAUCAACGACCAACAGAGAAACUGCAGCAAUUGUUGUGUGUCGACCAGCCUUUAAGUGGCGAUGAAGAGGACAGCAGUAAUGCUGCCAACACCAUUAAGUGUAAGGAGACACGGCAUGCUGAGAAUCUGCCAAGCGAUACGCUUACAAACCUAAAUACAGCAAAUGAACAAAAAACAAAAUCCACAACAACAACAACAAUUGCCGUAACAGCAACAAAAACAUCACCAACAAUCCAAAGACUUAGUGAAUUAAGUGAAUUUAAACCUAGUUUAAGUAAGAAAGAGAACCUUAGCAAUACAACAACAAUCACAACGCAACACCAACCCCAACCCCAAUCCCAACAACAACAACAACAUCAUUGCAACAAUUGUCAAUUUUGUUUUAAUGAAAGCUGUCGCAACUUCUCACAACUACAACAGAGUCUAGAAGACACAAACAUUCGAGCUAAUCAAAAAAUGACAAUAACACAGGCCGCAGCAACAACAACAACAACACCACCUCCGACAACAACAACUACAAAUGUUUGCAAUGAUUUUCAACGCAAUAUGGUUGUCCCGCCGGAAAACUGUGGUCCAUUGCCAGCAAAAGCAACAACACCAACCUCCAGAACCCUAAUGCCACCAACUUCGUUAAGGCUGGCAACUACCACGGCCUCAGCAACAACUUCCACCACUUGCCUACCCACCUCACCCCUAACACGUUCCAACAACAACACUCCUUCAUCACCUCUAACAACAACUGUGAUUAAAACAACAAUGGUCAAGCGUAGUCCAGCUAAUGAGACGACAGCUACAAUGGCGGCAACAAUGCCCUCGCCCACCUCCCCCUCCAGCAAUGCCUUGAUUACACUGGAAAAAUCAUUGGCCUUUACAACAUCAGCGCCAACGAGAAACUCCUCGAAACACCAACAUGAUUCGGAGGCGGCAUCGGCUGUGGUGGCCUCUAAAGAGAAUAAACCUGCCAACAACAACAACAAGUGUUUUACUCCGACAAUAACUCCCUCUGUGAACAACAAUACCACCUCCCCCGCCACCCAUAAUAAUAGUAGUACACCUUUAAGUGUUAAGGAACGCAUUGCUGCCUUAGUAGCUGGAAAUGAACAAACACAAAAACAACAUGACAAUUUUAUUAAUAGAACUUCCACAAAGAAUCCGUGCAAUAAACCGAUGAGAUCAACAUCACAACAACAAAAUACAACAACAGCAAACAUGACAUAUCCGCAGCGACAACAACAUGACCAGUCACUGGUUAUCAAUGGCGGCGGCGGCGGCGUUGCAAGUAACAUGUGUCAAAAAUCUUCCCCAACAACAACGACAUUUCGAACUAGAAAAACUUCCCUGGCAACGACAGAUGAAGUUGAUGCAUCACCACCAUCUGCUGUCAAUGGCAAAGCCGCCACAAACAGCAAUGCCCAAGAAAUACAAGUUAAAAACGAUGACAAAAUCAACCACACAUCAAUGUCUUCCUCUUUAUCUUCUUCUCCUUCCUUAGUCAAGUCAAGUGCUGCUGCUGCUGCUGGCAUAUCCUCGAAUUCCGAUAAUGGUGUCGAACAAAUGAGAACAACUGCUGCCGCCAUCAUUCCACGUUGUAGUCUUCAAAACGCUGUCAAUAAAUACGGAAGCGUUAAUGCAACAACCUCAUCAUCGAGAAAUCCACAAAUAACCAUGACAGAACCAGAAUCUGGCUUAAGUAAUACCCCAGCCGCUUCAGAUGUCACAAAUGGUGAUAACAGCCCAGGUGAUGAUGUGGCCGCCGUCACAUCACCAUUAGCCACUGACGAGCAGUUGGCCAAAUCUGCCUCAAAUUGCCGCAGUAAAUUAGAAGCCUUGGCCAAUUUGGAUUUGCCAUUUAAUUUAAGCAAUUUGCCAUUGGAUAUUGACGACGAUGACGAUCCAUAUUUUGUGUUGCAGGAAUAUUUGGAACGGGUUAAGCAUGAAAUCAAUGAAGUUUUUGAAUUGCAUAAGGCCCGUCAAAAGCUGCAGCAAGAACAACAGCAAUCUGAAGAGGACCAUAACUCUUUUGAAAGUGAUACAAAUACAAAGGCCUCAUCGUCCGUGAGCAACAUGGAAAAUCAAAUAAUAGACACAUUAAAAGCGGCUGUCUCAAAUGAUGAAUUGUCUCGCUCGACAGAAUCUGAUAGCGGCUUUGAUAGUGCCACUGGCGGUGGUUGGCGGCGUGGCAAUGCAAUGUCGGCGAAUCUAACAACGACAACGCCCGGCAAUGGCAGUGGCAGCAACAAAUUACCUUCCAGAGCCAAAGUGACAACUACAAGCAGCAACGGUCCAGCAAUGGAAAAUAAUGACAGCCACUCGAAUGACAGACGAGUGAUGGAAAAUGCUAGCAAAAAUGAAUUGCCUCUGGGUAGAACCGAUUUAAAAGGCAAACCACCGCCAAAAGGUGCCUUAAUCCCGGCCGCAUGCGCGUCUAUGACAGGGCCAGAACAGCAAGGUAAACAAGAACAAGAUGCAGCCGCCACAGCAUCGGCAUCGGCAUCAUCAUUAGCAUGCCAUCACACAGCAUCGUCCUCAUCAUCAUCGUCCAGCAACAACACAUCUCCAUCACCGUUGGCAGCCGCCGGUCCAUCUUCGUCAACACUUAAGCGCCUGCGCAAACAAUUGCAAAGCAAAUCGCCAGCAGAAGUUGCCACCGAUGAUGUAAAUAUGUGGGCAAACAAAUUCUUGCGAGAUUUGGACAACUUAAUGGCAUCUGAUAAAACAACAACGACAUCUUCAUCAGCAACAGCAGCAGCAGCAGCCACAACUAGCCCAACUGCUGGCACAGCAUCAUCGUCGAGAGCCUCCAUAUCACCGGGGCCAACAUCACCGAUGCUAUUGUCCGCCGCUGCCACGGCUGUCAUCCAAAGUCGUUAUGGCAAGGGUGCCCAUGAUCGUUAUGUUGUUAUGGCCAAUGGUGGAUUUGAACAGCAUCAACCCAGCUCGGCAUCACCAUCAUCGUCAUCAGCGGCAGGGACUGCCACAACAGCAACAACAACAAAUGGCAUAGUUUUGCGACCAGAAAAACAUGCCACCAUACCAUUGCAGUCGUUUAACCUUGAUUGCGGACGUUUAGAUAACAGCGGUGGUGGAGGCUCCUCUGCCUCAGGUGGCAAUGUGACUAAAACUCAAGUUGCCUACUUGAGAACAUUAUCGGCUCCGACACCAUCACCUUCGCAUACAAUUUACCAGGCACUACUUCAUAAUCAAAAUCAAGUCGAGAACAACACCGGCAACAACAACAACAACAAAUUAAGUGGCCAUCCCCGUCAUCUGCUGCUGGCCCAACGUAACAGUUUAGCAGGAGUUAGUGCUGCUGCUGCUGCUGCUGCCUCCUUCGAUCAUCAUCACAAUUCGCAUCUGACAAAUUUGCCCGGCAAUGAUGCCGCAGCCUCAAAUAUGAGCAAUGGUGACAUUAAGUCAACGAUGUCAGCCCCAGCCAAAGUAAAUCCAAUAACCAUUCUAAAGAUUGAAGAGACAUCGGCCAAAGCGGCCAGCUCCAUGGGGUCCACUGAACCGGCAACAGAUGUAGAAUCUUUACAUCAGAAACGUUUACGUCAAUUGAACAUGGAAAUGGAUAAUCUGCGCAAUACCUCCAUAGAUCAAAGCCAGCAAUUGUCGGCUCUAAUGCAACAAAAUCAUUACUGCAAUGGUGGGGCUGGUGGCCACAUGGUCGGGAACAGCAGUGGUAAUGCUAAUAAACAUAAAACUCUUAUGACAGGCUCGUCAUGUGCAAUGCCGAAAAAGGCUUCCAAUCCGACGACGGCGACAUCAUCAUCUUCAUCCAGCAACAUAAUGCUGACCUGUAGCAGGCCAGCGACACAGCAAUCAACGUCAAAUGCAGCAUCAACACCAGCAACAACAACAACAAGUUAUCUAUUACAACAUGGCAAUGAUGCUACCAAAAAAGGUUCAACCUCUACAAUCUGGACAUCUGAGGAAUCGAUUUUAAGGAGUGUUGGCGCCGUCGAUGAAGACAAUAACUCAACCUCAUCCUCGGCAUGUGAAGAAGCAUCUGGUGUCUUGAGUUCCGGUAAAUCGGGCAUUUCACUGGAUAGCUCUGGCGUAGAAAAUGAUAAUAAUGAAAGCGGUAUUGGCACAGCCACACCACCCAAAGAUAUGUCCUAUUGGAAGAGUAUGCCACAUCAUCAUCGCCAUCAUCAUCAUCACCACCACAAUCAACAGGACAAUGAAUCGAUCAGCAGUUUGGAUGUCCUGCGUAAAAUGAAAUUCCAAAAGGGAAGUUCGGUUACAAGCUCUGAUGAUCCCGAUCUCUUGGAAGUGUUAAGUUUAUGCGAUGAAACACCAAAUGGUGACGAUGAUGAUGAAGAAGAAGUUGAUGUUGAUGAUGAAGUUGAAGUUCAACAAGUUAUUGGAGGAGGUGGUGGAGGACAACAUAAUAAUUCUCUCAAAUCCAAUAACAACGAUGAAGAUAUGGAUGAUUACGAUAUGGUCGAUGAGGAAGACGAGGGCCAUGAUGAUUUCGAAAUUGUGCCCUACUGUGACUGUGAUUGCACGGAGGAUGGGGAUGCCAGCAGUGCCAGUGCCGGUAGUUCGGGUACACGUACUAACAGUUCCAUUAACAAUGGUUCGUUAAGCGAUUCCACAAAUGGUGGCAGUGGCGUGGUAAUGCGUCGCAAAUAUGGCGCCCAACCCAUUAUGGUGCCGCAAAAAUGUCGUAGCCAUUCGCUGGAUACCUCAUCACUGCCAAAUUCAUAUCAUCAGCCGGCGGCGGCACAUCAUCACAAUCGACAUCAGCAUGGUCAUGGCUCAAUUGCCCAUGCUUCGGCGGCCGCCGCCCAUCAUGCCCAAUUGGCACGUAAACUGCAACAUUUGAGAGAUCAUCACAAGGAUCGCAAUCAGCUGUCGCUGGCAUUGAGACAAGAACCAUUUCAGUCACUGUUGGCGCCCACACAUUUCCAUGAGCUGCCCUCGCCCAGCAGUGCAUCGCUGCAUAGUGGUCAUGAAAUACUAGAUACCCAAGAGCUCUCAACGAAAUCCAAUUCGGCGCCUUUGUUGCUGAAGCAGGAGAAACGUCUUGAUGAUUUUGCCAACCAAAAUGUGACCCUGCGCUAUUCCCGUUCCCAAAGUGAUCGCUAUUUAGCAGAAAUCGAGGCCGUUGAAGCAUGUAAAUGGCUCAGAGCUGCUGGCUUUCCUCAAUAUGCUCAGAUGUAUGAAGAUCAUCAAUUUCCCAUUGACCUGACCAAUGUUGCCAAGGAUCAUACCAAUUUGGAAAAUGAUCAAUUGCAGUCGCUGUACAGGCGUUUGUGUAUCCUAAAUCGUUGUGCCAAUAUGCGAGUGGAUCAAUCGCACAAAGCACAGACACCACAGAAAGAAGAUUCGGACGAUGAAAACUUUGCCCUUAGUGAAAACUGGACAUUCCAACCCCACAUACGUCGCUGGUCGCGUAUUGGUGAAAUGGGUCUUGAAAUACCUCCCGCCGCAAAAUUAUCCACCUGUGAAAAAACCGAAUCCUCAUCAAAAGAAUCCAGUCCCGAUAGAUUCGAGGAUGAUUCUUAUGAUGUCACCGGUGGCCCUCUGUCCUUAGUUUUACCCGGUACCUAUACAGAUGAUUCAGCCGAUCCGGCUGCGAAUGACAGUACGGAUGUUAACGCCAGUCCAUUGCGUCGCACGGGUAGUGAGCGUUUGAAGGAUGGUGCUAAAGCCAUACUCAGGAGAGUGGAAUCGAUAAAGUCGAGAAGAAGAAAACGCCAGGGCAUUGUUUUGAGUGGUCCCCAGGCAUUGGAUUUGUCGCAAUUGGGUCAGAGAUCUAGUAUGCGUAAGCCAGAUGCUGUAUACUCGACACCACCUUCACCCUCAGCCGUCAGUCCCAUGCAUACGUUCAACAAGGCUCCCAUAUUUGGCAAUGAACUCAAGGUACCCUCACAAAGUGAUAACUUCUUGAGUCCGAAUAGGGCAAGUCCCAAGCGAACACCCACCACACCACGUUCCAUGCGCACCAGCCCCUUGCAUUUCUUUACCAACACCAUGCCACAUGUUAAGGAGGGCAAAUCCGAUGACUCAUCAUCGUAUUAUAGCGAUAGCCAGGAAUCCACGUCAGCGGUGAAUAAGAUGAGCGUACGUAAGACACCCUCAAAGGCUCGCCGAUUUCUGCAAAGAACGGGGAAGGUCGAUGAUAUUGGGGCGCAUUCAGACUCCGAAUGUCAUCAGGGUAGAAAGCUAUUGAUCAAGGAUGCCAAUGCCAACACCACAGAGGUUAAGUCCAAGAAACUCUCAAGAGGUGGUUCCCUUAAUCUGGGCAGAGAUGGUAAGAAACGUGAGGGCUUUCGAUCGGCCAGUUUCCGUUCACGGUCUACCACACGCAAAGAACCCAAGGUGGAGGUAGAAGUGGAACCCAUUAAGAAAAGUGCUCCUGUCGUACGGUGGCACAGUUUCCAACUGGAAGAACGACCCCACAUGAUAUUCCGCAAAUGUUUUGCCCAGAAAAAUGAUCCUCAUUCCAAUGAACAUGGCAUACCCUUUGCGGCCAUGUCAGCCGGUCAAUUGCAAAUGAUACGCAAAUUGGCAUUGGUCACACUGACGGGCUAUAUGGAACGUUAUUGUCCCACUCACCGUUCGGGCUGGAAUUGGGAGUUGCCAAAAUUCAUAAAGAAAAUCAAAAUGCCCGACUACAAGGAUAAAAAGGUGUUUGGUGUUCCACUGUUACUGAUUUUACAACGCAGCGGCCAAACUCUGCCCAUUGCAGUGAGGGCCGCCUUCCGUUGGCUGCAGCUCAAUGCUCUCGAUCAAAUUGGCCUGUUCCGCAAGAGUGGUGUUAAAUCGAGGAUUUUAAAACUCAAAGAACUCAUUGAAUACUCAGAGACCACAGCUGAAUGCAUGGAUGUUUUCGAUACUCAACAGGCCUACGAUGUGGCCGAUAUGUUGAAACAGUAUUUCCGUGAUUUGCCAGAGUCAUUGUUGACCACCAAAAUGUCGGAGACUUUUGCGGCCAUAUUUCAACAUUUACCCACCGAAGUGCGUUUGGAUGCUGUGCAAUCUGCCGUCCUUUUAUUGCCCGAUGAAAAUCGUGAAAUCCUCUAUGCUCUCUUGGAGUUCUUGACCCUGGUGGCUGCCAAUUCGCAAUAUAAUCAAAUGACCGCCAAUAAUUUAGCUGUCUGUUUGGCCCCCUCCCUGUUCCAUAGCAGUAUAUCAACUGGUAGCAAUUCGGUGACAGCCUCACCGCGCCGCAAGGCCAAAGGUUCCGGUGUCCCGGAUGCCAAGGAACUGUUCGAAGCCAAGGCUUCUCACGAGUGUUUGGCAUUUAUGAUACAAAACUAUAAACAAAUAUUUACCGCACCCAAAGAGAAGUUGGCCAAGUGUAAAUUUGGCUACAUGGAAGAAUCUAAACCACUGCCCCUGGAAGCCUUGGGUGAGGGUAUGCAAUUUCACAAUUGGCGUGGCUAUUUGUAUGAGAGUACAAGUGCCACCAUUAAGGAGGGUAGAGAAAAAUCACGCGGCUGGAUUACCACCACAUCCAUAAAUGACAGCAACGUUGAGAUUGCCUAUAAAAAAGUGGGUGAUGGCCAUCCACUGAGAUUAUGGCGUUGCAUUACGGAAAUUGAAGGACCACCCAAAGAUGUUUUGGAUUAUAUAAUAAGACAACGUGCCUCAUGGGAUCCAAAUUUGUUACAAAGUCAAACCAUUAAGAAAUUCGAUGAUUGUACGGAAAUAUUCCAAUAUGCCAUUGAUGGCCAACAGUGUACAGAUUUUUGUGUAUUAAGAUCUUGGCGUACUGAUUUACCCCGUGGUGCUUGUGUGAUUGUUGAAACCUCCAUUGAUCAUGCAAAAGCCAAACCCAUGUUUAAUGCAGUACGUGGUGUGGUAUUGGCCUCAAGAUAUUUGAUAGAACCCUGUGGCAGCGGUCGUUCAAGGGUUAUGCAUUUGGCAAGAGUUGAUGUAAAGGGCAAAACUCCAGAAUGGUAUAAUAAAAGUUAUGGGCAUAUUGCAUCGCAUUUCUUAACUAGAAUACGUUUGGCAUUUAAAAACGUUGCUGAAGGUCCUGAAAGUAAAGUGUAAUGGCUGAAGUAAUAACAAUGCUCUGGCAUAGUAAAUUAAGAAAACAAACUGAUAUCUCAGUUAUGUGGAUCUCCUCCCGAAACAAAAAGUGAAAAAAAAAACAGAAAAAAGGAUUAUACAUCACAAACCAAGAAGAAACAACAAUCCUGCAAACUGAGAGUAUAAUCAAAAAACCAUGAUUAUAAGCUGUACCUCCUCCCUCCCGCCUCACACAAAACAGAAGAAACAAAAAGUAAACCAAAAGUACUGAUUUUAUUUUGGAUUUGACAAAAUAUUAUAUAUUACUACAAAUAUAUAGGUGUAUAGGAAAUAUACAUACAUAUUUAUAGUUAUGUUAUAUGCAAAUAUAUAUACAAAAAAAGAGAAAUUAUAUAGUAAAAGUAAUUGUCGCAAAAUUUUAAGAAAUAUUUUUUUGACAACAAAAACAAAAAGGCAUUUAUAAAAUGUUGAAGAUACAAUGUACACAUCCAAUUGUUAUACCCUUAAAUGUUAUACAAUAACUGUUAUAAAAGUAAUCACACACACACACAAUAAGAAAAACAAGUAAUUAUAAGGGUCCAGGAAUUCUUAAAACAAGGGCGGUCUGUAAUAGAACCCCCAAAAAAACUAACUUUCCAAAAAUUAUUUUUUUUUUACAUUAUUGACAUACAUAAAUUUACAUAACGCAUGGAGGGAAUUCGACCCAGGACGAAUUUACUUCUUUUGGAAUUUUUUUGAUUUGUUUUGGAAAAUAAUGCUUGAACUGUGCUUCACACACACACCAUAAGAAAAGCAAGUAAUUAUAAGGGUCCAGGAAUUCUUAAAAUAAGGGGGGGUAUAUAAAAAACCCCCCAAAAAACCUAACUUUCCAAAAAUUAUUUUUUUUUUUUACAUUAUUGACAACAUAUAUAAAUGUACCUAGCGCAUAGAUGGAAUUUGGCCCAGGACAAGUUUACUAGGUUUGAAAUCUAUCCUUCGGUUUAAAAUCUAUCCUGGUUUGAAGAAUUACUCCAUAAUUUCAAAAAAAAAAGGAAACCUGCGACCAAAAUUCAAAUACCUUGAUUUUCCUUGCUCUUUUGACCGUUAAAAUAUUGCAAUAAGUUUCGAUCGAGCGAUUUAUUCUGUAAGGAAUAGGCUGUUAGAUAAAAAGAACCAUAAUGUCUUGAGAGCUAUAUUUGGCUUUAGUUAAAGUUGAUGGACCCAUAGGAAAUUCCUCAGGAGUAUAAGAAUGAUUUUGUAAAUAUUUUAAAGGGUCACUGUUUUAUAUUGGGGUUUUUUUUUUUGUUGAAGAAAUAGAGAAAUAAAAAAAUAUGGCCUUCCGUGACUGAAUUUUUCUGAUCAGCAUUUUUCAUAUAAAAAGUUAAAUCCAGGCAAUAGUGGUCCAUUAGAUUAAAAAAUAAAAAAAUGUACCCUUGUUUUUGACAAGAUACCUCAAAAGCUGAUCAAGGGAUUACUUUUAAAUGCCCAGAAGUAGAUGUGAGACCUUUAGUGAGACCCACAUGCGUUAUGAACAAUAAAAUGAAUUUUAUUUAAUUUUCCUUUUUUACUUCUUUUUGUAAAUAAUUUUCUAUAUUAAGUUUAUUUUUUUUUUCAUUUCAAAAUGUGUAAAAAACUUCUUUUGUAUUACCUUAAAAUCUAUUUUUAUUGCAACUAUUUUUAAACUUAUUAAUUAUAUUUUUCCAAAAAAAAAAAAAACAAUAAUUCUGUAUUAUAUUUAAAACACAUCUAUAUUUAAUUAUAAAAAAAAAAUAUUUAAAAGAAAUACUCAGUAACUGAAAUAUCACAAAAACUAUCAACUUAAUUUAUCAAAGUUCUAUGUAAAAUUGUAAACAAAAAAUAUCCAAACCAGAAAGCCUUAUAUUAAGUUUAAAAUAUUUUCUUAUUUUUUACAUGUAAUAUAACCUUACAAAAUUCUUCUACUUUAAGUCCCGCAGAAUCAUAAAAGAAUGGAAAACUUGUAAAGCAAUUAGUAAUUAGCAAGAAAAACAGAAA